CCAACAUAUAUAUAUCUGUCUGUAAUCAAAGUAUCCAUGAGCAAUAAAAUGAAAUGAGUUUCAUUUAAAUCAUUGAAUCAUUGAAUAUGAUCAUAUUUAAACAAAACUUAUUACUUAUUUAUUUAUAUAUUAUUACUUUUAAUUUGCUUAUAUAUGGAUAUGAUUAUCCAAUGUAUAUGAAUAUGGAACAUCCACCAGCAUCAUCAUCACUGUCAUCCGACUCAUCAACAUCAUCGUCAUCAUCAUCAUCAUCAUCCAAAUCAUCUUCAUCAUCAUCAUUAUUGAAAUCAAAGAAGAUUCAUACUAUAUUACAUAGAUACUAUUGGAUCCAUAGAAUUCAUCAACUGGAUCCAUUCCAUGAUGAUAAUCUUUAUUCUUCUUUGAAUAAGAGGAACUAUUCAAAUCAUCAGAUUUUAUUAAAACUUCUUAAAGAUAAACGUAGAAUGAAUAAUGAUGAUCAUAAUAAUAAAGAUCAUCAUCAUCAUCAUCAUAAUAUUAUUAUCAUUAAUCGAUUAUUAAAUGGUGAAAUAUUUAAAUUACGAGGUUGGAGACCACAACGAUAUGGAUAAAGGAAUUUAUGUUGCUAUGUUAUUAAAAUAUUUGUUUAUUGGAAAUCAAUAAAUGAUGAAUAAAUAAAUAAAGAUUUAAAUGAUUAUUAAAAGGAGGGGUUGGAGAUCUUUUUUUAGUCAUUUUAAUAAUUGAAUUCAUUAGUCCAUCAUGGGAUACUUGGAAGCACUGAAUGAAUGUUUCAUCCUAGUAUGGGACUCUUCAGGAGUUCAUUGUGACGAUCUCACCGGGCGAGAUCAGUCUCAUGCGCGAAUACUUAACAUCUUGACGGCUGAACUAGCAUCCAACGGUGUUAAUAUCUAA